AUGUCUCCUUGGCCCCAGUCCCCCAAAUACCAAAACUUCAUUGUCUCGUUCCCGGACGAGCGCAUCCUCCAGAUCACCUUGAACAGACCACAGAAGCUCAACUCCAUCGACAAGGCUACAAGCAGGGAGAUUCAAGCGGUGUGGGAGGCAUUCGACCAGGAUGAGUCUCUCUGGGUAGGCAUUAUUACGGGCAAUGGCAGAGCCUUCUGCACCGGCGCUGACCUACAAGAAUGGAACAGGAUGAAUCAGACAAGGGAGGUCAACAGCAUGGAUGCACCGGGUCUCGCAGGCCUCCCCCGACGAAGUGGCAAGAAACCAAUCAUCGCGGCCGUCAACGGAAUCUGUAUGGGUGGAGGCUUCGAGAUGAUCGCCAAUUGCGAUCUAGUCCUCGCGUCCGCUUCGGCGACUUUCGCCCUACCGGAAGUGAAGCGCGGAAUCGUGCCUGUGGCUGGAUGUCUUCCGCGACUCACACGUACGAUCGGUCUCCAGCGGACCAUGGACCUCGUGUUGACGGGCAGGAAUGUGAACGCGAAAACUCUCCACGACUGGGGACUCGUGAGCCAGGUUGUGGAUGCUGGCGCAGAUGUUGCCUCGGCUGCGGUGAAGAUUGCCCAACAAAUGUGCCAAAAUAGCCCAGAUUCCUUGAUCGUUGGCCGUGAAGGGGUUCGCUUGAGCUGGGAGUCUGGCAGCGUGGAGGAGGCCGUGUCCACCCUAGCCGAUCAGUGGUAUCCUCGCCUCAUGGGUGGAGUGAAUUUCGCGGAGGGGAUCCAGGCGUUUGUGGAGAAGCGGCCGCCAAACUGGGUCAAUUCGAAGCUAUGA